AUGAAAAAUACUUCUGAAAACUAGCAGGAAACCGUAUCUGAUAUUUUUGCCAAUGUUUUGGAGGUGGAUGAAGAAAUAUUCACUCAUAUAAUAGAUAUGUUUAGAAAAGAAAACAUAACAGAUACUAUUCAAUAUCUUUCGAUAGAAGAUAAUCAAAGACAUCUUCAAUCAAACAUAAUAAAACUCAAGAAUUCAUCAAAUACAGAUGAAGGAUACAAGUUAUCAGAUUUAAGAAAGGACAUUAAGAUUAUUCAUAAUACACUCAAAACAAUUAAAUACAAUGAAAUUAAUUUAAAGGAUUUCUCUUCUGAAUAAUAUUUAGAAUUAAAAAAAGAUAUAAUAAGUAAAAUAGCAGAUAAUAAAAAGAUCAGAUCUUUUUUAAUAUUGUUAGUUCAUUUAACUGCUAUUGAUAAAUAAUUCAUAUUAUGUGGGUCUAAUUCACUUCACUUAUUAGUUGAAUUGAAGGCAGAUUUAAAGAACAAGUGCUUUGAAAAUAUCAGGAUUGAAAAUACUUCUUUAAUUGGUGGAACUUUUGUAAGAUGUAGCUUUAAUGGAUCAUAAUUAGACAAUGUUGAUAUCAGCGGAGUAAAUUUAAAUGGAGCUUAACUAUUCAAUUGUAAAUGGAACAACAUCAGAAUACAUGAAUUAAAUAAAUUGGAAGGUCAUUGUGAUUAUGUAUUGUCAGUUAGUAUCUCUCCUGAUGGUAGGAUAUUGCCAUCUGGUGGUGGUGAUUGGGCUAAGAAAGAGAAGGCAGAUAACUCUAUCCGAUUAUGGGAUCUUAAAACAGGGUAAUUAAAAGCAAAAUUAGAUGGUCAUGCUAAUGUUGUAAGGUCAGUACGUUUCUCUCCUGAUGGAAAUACCUUAGUUUCAAGUAGUGAUGAUGAGUCUAUACGUUUAUGGGAUAUCAAGACAGGAUAAUUAAAAAAAUAAUUAGAUGGUCAUGUUGAUCUUAGCUUCCAGUAGUGAUGAUGAGUGUAUAUGUUUAUGGGAUGUUAACACAGGAUAAUUAAAAAGUAAAUUAGAUGGUCAUGGUGAUUAUGUCAUAUCAGUCUGUUUCUCACCUGAUGGAAAUACUUUAGCUUCUGGUAGUGCAGAUAAGUAUAUACGUUUAUGGGAUGUUAAGACAGGAGAACUAAAGGCAAAAUUAGAAGGUCAUAGUGAUAUUGUGAAAUCAGUUUGUUUCUCUCCUGACGGAAAUACUUUAGCAUCUGGUAGUAGUGAUAACUGUAUAUGUUUAUGGGAUCUUACGACAGGAUAAUAAAAAAAUUAAUUAGAUGGCCAUACUAGUUAUGUCUACUCAGUCUGUUUCUCUCCUGAUGGAUAUAUUUUAGCUUCUGGCAGUGGAGAUAAGUCUAUACGUUUAUGGGAUGUUAAUACAGGAUAAUAUAAAACUAAAUUAGAU